UGCAGCAUGUCUUCAGAGUCUGCAGUGCCAGGGUCACGGCCCCUUCGCGGGGAGGAGCGCAUGAGGGUGAUCUUGUGCCAGUACUGCGGCUACGACACUGACCGCAAGAACAACCUGAAGCGUCACGUCCACACGAUGCACGAGGCCUCGCCGGUGGAGCUGGAUUGCUGUGGUCAGCGUUUCUUCAGCAAGGCGGAGCUGCGUGCACACACGAGGCAAAUGCACCGCCACGGCUACAUGUGUCCGGUGUGCCGCCACGUGUUCUGCCGCAAGGCGCUCCUCAGGCGGCACCUCUCCGUGCACACUGGCAUCAAGGAUUUCAUCUGUAGUGUCUGCAAAUACGACACAAGCCACAAGAGUAACCUUGAGCGGCACCUGAGAAGUCACCUCAAGAACCCAGACUUGGCCGCCGCCGCACAAAAGGCUUUAGCCGAUCUGGAGGCAUCGCGCUCCUCGACAGCCUCCGAGAGUGUCUCAAGCACAUCGCAGCCUGCCGGUGCCUCUUCCAACGAACUCCAGGACAGAUCAUCCAAUACUUCUGACCCUUCGCAGUGGCCCUGGCCCUGGACUUUGCAUCCCAGGCACCUUCACUCGCCGCCUCCACCACCUCUCCUCCCCUGCCCACCGGAGACAACCCUCCAGCCCGUCCGUCAGCCUUGCCCCCGACGGGGCUUUACAAUCGAGGCUCUACUGCAAACAGACGAGAGCUCCAGUGACACGUCUUCUUCAGGAGCCCCGCAGGGUAAGUUUAUGUCACUCACCACACUUUCACAAGCAUCCCCACACGAGUACUCGGAGCCUGUCAGCAGCCCCGAGGCGGCGGACAGCUCUGCCUCGUCCAGCACCAGCAGCCCCGGGCGGGUGAGUGGCCCCGAGGAGCAGGGUGAGGCGCGGGGGCAGGAGUACGUCCACAAGAAGCUGAGGUUCUCGAGAAAACUACGUCAUGACGAGGCCAGUCUGUGCGCCGACCGCCACGAGACCUCGCGGCUGUGA